UUCGAUGAAGUCAGGGUAAGAUAAAUCUGUUCGACUUCAAUGCGGCUUUCUUGGCACUGUGAUUAUUAUUCCGAUAGCGAACUUCCAUGAUGUACCAGUUAAUCAGCGCUAUCAAAGUACACUCGCUUUAGCGAUUCCACUACAUCACAGUCGUGGCUGAUACGUGGUCAAGGCUACAUCAAUUUAUCUGGCCAAGUUACGCCUGUCGGCCGAGAGAAGCGAUAUGGCCGUCGUGCUGGUGUCUCUGAUUCUCGGGGCGCUUAUAGCCCUUUACUUUUAUCUAACGCGUAAUCACAACUACUGGCAAAAACAUGGAGUUCCAUGUGUGGAUGGAGCCCUUCCGGGAUUCGGUCACAUGCUGCCGGUGGUCUCCAUGUGGACGAACCUCGCCGAUUUCUGCGACAACAUCUAUAAAAAGAACAAGGGCCGCAGCAUGGUCGGGAUCUACGAGUUCACGUCGCCGUCGUUGAUGGUCUUCGAGCCUGAGUUAGUGAAAACAGUGUUGCAGACACAUUUCUCAAGUUUUGCCGAGAACACCAUCGAGAUUGACCCCGAAGUGGAUCCGCUCGUAUCAUUGAAUCCCUUCAAUCUUUCCGGCGAGAAGUGGCAGACAAGCAGAAAGCGCUUGACCUAUGCAUUUUCCAGUAUGCGACUGAAGACCCUGCUUGUAAACGUCAAUAAGGUGUGCGAUACUUUCGAGAAUUUUAUCAAUGAAAAACUGGGCGACCACGAGAAAGCGGAGUUCGAGCUCAAGUCGUUAUUGUCAAGAUACUCCGCGCAAGUGGUGGCCGCUGCUGGCUUCGGCGUGGACGGUUACUGCUUCGACGACGCGAAGAAGGAUAUUUCUUUUCGAAAGAUCGGACAGAGCAUCAUGGAGCCGACAAUGCGGAACAAAAUUGUGUUCAUGCUGCUGUUCUUCAUCCCGUCGUUGAAUAAAAUCCUCAAAAUGAGUUUCAUCCCGAAGCACGUCGACUAUUUCUUCAGGACUCUGAUCGCCGACCUCAUAGAACAAAGGAGAAAGGACGGCAUACCGAGGAACGACUUUCUCCACUUGAUGGCCGAGCUGGAGCGGGCGGAGAAGGAUACGUUCGACGUCGAAACCCUCACGGGACAGGCGUUGUCGUUCGUCGUCGACGGCUACGAGACCUCCAGCACUGUUAUGAGCUUCAUCGCCUUCCAAUUGGCCACUUACCCGGAAAUACAGAAGAAAUUGCGCGAAGAAGUGAUGUCCGUGAUCAAUAGAUACAACGGUGAAAUCACUUACGAGGGUCUGCGGGAGAUGACGUAUAUGGACCAGGUUUUCAACGAGACGAUGAGGUUGAUUCCCGCGCAAGUGCUCAUGAAGAAGAGGUGCACGGAAGAGAUCGAGCUGAGAGGAUCCGACGGAGUUGUCUGUCGCAUGCGACCCGGAAUGGAGGUCCUGAUACCGAGUCCGUCUUUGCACAACGAUCCCGAAUACUGGGAGAAUCCCAAGGAGUACGAUCCUGAAAGAUUCAGCCCGGAGAGGAAGCAGAACAUCAAGAAGUUCACCUUCAUCCCUUUCGGCGAGGGCCCGCGUAUCUGCGUGGGCAUGAGAAUGGCGCAGCUGCAGAUCAAAGCAGGUCUGGCUAUAAUUCUGAAGAGAUACAGCAUGGAGGUAUCACCGAGGACGCAAUUACCUUUGAAGAUGAUACCUGGAGCGCUUCUGCCAUCACCAAAAGGCGGUCUGUGGGUCUAUUUUAAGCAUCUUUAGGUGCGAAUAUCUUCUUUCAGCGUCGCGAUAAUGUUUUUAUAUUCGGAGAGAAAAAAUCUCCAUCUUUACAAAAUAGAUUUCGCUUCAAAUUUAACACGCUUUAAUUGCUGCUUUUAUUUAUACAAAAAUGAAAAAGAUACUUGAGAUUUCAUAAUAUAUUUUAUCUUAUGCAAAUACUAUAUAUUUUAUUUUAUAUUAUAAUUCAGCAAGAAAAUGUCUAACAAUUUUACUAUGUUUUUGUCUCUUUAAACAGAAAUUAAAAAGAUUAGAAUGUUUGGAAUAUAUCAUUUUUGUACAUACUUUUUUACAUAAAAUAAUGCGAUUAUGAUCUUUAAAAGUUUGUGAUUAUUACUGUUGUUUUAUAUGUUAGAAUAAAAAAUUAAAAUACUUGAAA